UUACACAAUCUCCCUCGGUCGCGCUCGCGCCGGCCGCCGUUCCUAUCCCGUCCGUCGUCGACCCCGAAGCCGCGACAAGCACGAGGCGGAAACAAUUAUAGGACCUUUCUCCUCCUCCUCCUCAGACGGCUCGACGGAGGAGUAACUAACCGAGGGCCCGUUCGAUCCGGCGCUAUGCCCGGUGGCGGGCGGGCGGAGUCCCAUCCGGCGGCGACUUCGUCGUCCUCGUCCUCUUCGUCGGCGGGCCGCCGUCGCGGAGGCGGACGCAGGAGGCGGCCCGGCAUACUCGCCAUCCUCCGGUGUGCAGUAUGUCUCGAUUCAUCAUCCUCUGAUACUGGAAGAGGACGGAGUAAGUCGUCAGGCAACAAAGUAACACAUGGAUUUCACUUAGUUGAAGGAAGAUCUGGCCAUGACAUGGAGGACUACCAUGUAGCAGAGUAUAAGUACGAAAAUGAUCAUGAACUUGGUCUCUUUGCCAUUUAUGAUGGCCACUUGGGAGAUACUGUGUCCAGCUUUUUGAAAGCUAAUCUUUUCAACAACAUACUAAAAGAGCCUCUCCUCUGGACGAACCCUCAAGAAGCAAUAAAAAAUGCAUACGGCUCUACAAACAAAUAUAUUCUGGAAAAUUCUAAGCAACUUGGACCAGGUGGGUCAACAGCAGUUACUGCUAUUGUAGUUGAUGGCAGGGACAUGUGGGUCGCAAACAUAGGCGAUUCGAGGGCUGUUGUAUGUGAAAGAGGUACUGCUAUUCAGGUUAGUGUUGAUCAUGAACCCCAUACAGCUGAUGAACGGAAGAGGAUCGAAAAGCAAGGUGGUUUUGUUUCUACUUUUCCUGGUGAUGUUCCUCGGGUAAAUGGCCAACUUGCUGUUGCAAGAGCGUUUGGCGAUGAGAGCCUGAAGGCGCACUUGAGCUCAGAACCUGAUUUUAAGCAUGUACCCAUAAACUCAAGUAUAGAAUUUGUCAUACUUGCCAGUGAUGGAUUAUGGAAGGUCGUCAAGAACCAGGAAGCCGUUGAUCUGGUGAAGUCAAUUAAGGACCCACAGACUGCAGCGAAGCGGUUAACAUCCGAGGCACUCGACAGGAUGACCAAGGAUGAUAUUUCGUGCAUCGUCAUCCGUUUCCGUUGCUGAAUCUCAUACUCUCACACCAUCCAGCUCACGAGUCUGGAUCUUCCUCCUUGCAGCGCCUCCCUGCGGUUGUUUCAUGUGUUGAAUCUGUGUACAUUGCGGCUGAUGGCAUCUGGUUCUAUAGUAGCUCAGGAUUGGAUUUACUUUACGGCAUUGUUUAUUCUUCUGUGUACAUAACUAUAUAUAUACACGUUAGAAACAGUAGACUGCUCAUCUCAGGAAAAGGAAUAACACACUGCCCAUAAGAAGUCCAUAUUGGUGUAAGCUUGUAACUGUGAUUGUGGUGAACUUAUGAUACCUUGUGUCUUGGCUCAA